AUGACGUUUCUACAGUUACCUUCACAGAAUGCAACCGCUGAAAAAGAUGUAUCGCAACCUGAUGAUGAUAAAUUGUUCAGUCGUCAAGGAAGCGGGUCGUAUGAGGAGCACAGCACAAUUAAAAUGGGUCUUACGAAUUCUUCAUCGUCACCGCCGGUUCCACCCAAAAAACGACAUGUUGUGCAGUACAUGCAGACAUUCGGAAACGAACGAAACGAUCAAGAUGAUUUCUUUAAAGGCUCUACGCUUGCAUCUUAUGUUGUGCUUAACGACAAUUUGCGGUACCACGAAGAGCAGUACAAGAAAAAAAUCUCAUUUGAAUUCUCCGCAUCAGGCUCGUAG